CAAUAUCGAGCACUGCAUAACCCUCUGAUAAAAACCUGUCAGUCUGAAAUUAUCCGCCUGUUGUUUACAAGUUCCAAUAGUUUCAACUCACAUCCUUAGCAUAAAAAUGUUAUUAAUUGUUAUCUAAUUGUCAGAAUUCUUAAAAAAUGAGUGGCGGCAUCGUACCCAGUAAAUCAACAGUUUAUAUAUCGAAUUUACCAUUCUCAUUGACCAAUAAUGAUAUUCACAAACUUCUGGAACAUCACGGAAAAAUAGUAAAAGUAACAGUUUUAAAAGACAGGAGAACGCGAAAGAGCAAGGGAGUGGCUUUUGUAUUAUUUCUGAUGCCUGAAGAUGCAGUGAAUUGCGCCAAAAAUUUAAACAAUACUGAGUUAGGUGGAAGAACAAUAAAAAGUUCGAUAGCAGCUGACAACGGUCGAAGUACAGAAUUCAUUCGAAGACGAGAAUAUCCAAACAAAUCCCAGUGCUGGGAAUGUGGUGAGGAGGGACAUCUCUCUUAUAUAUGCACUCAUAACACCCUAGGACCUAGAACUCCUCCUCCUAAAAAAACUAGAGUAAGAAAAAAGAAUAAACGUGGAGAGGAGCAAUCGGGCACAAGUUACUACGAGUCAGACAGCGAUGAGGGGCUGAGGCAACCACGAGGAACUUCAGGUGCUCAAGAAUCUGAAGAGAGUGAUGAGGGAGACACCGAGACCCUCAGUGCAGCCAUAAAACACGAACAGGAACAGCUUGAGCUCGAGAAAUACAGGUACAAAGUCGCCACCGGACAGUACGAUGAGAACAAUCACGACUCGAAACCCAGAAAGAGAUUCAAAAAGAACGAGUACUUCAGCGAUGAGGAGGAACUCAGUGAUUAAUAUCCAUUAAUUUAAAAUCAAAGAGAAUAUUUCUUUCUUAUUAUGCGAUAAGUUAUUUAAAAGUGUAUAAAAUAUAUUGUCCCAGAGCUGUAAAAAUUCACACUUUUUAUGAAAAAACAUACAAUUAUUUACAGAAAUGAGAAAUUGAAUUUUAUGAUUGAGUGAUUACUGGGACAUUG